UUUCAGUAUACAGGCCAGAGACCUGGGGAACUAUUCCUGCAUGUUCAGAGAAAAUGAGGCACAAGUAACAUUUGUUUUAGUUGUUCCUGUUAUAAAAGAUAAAAGAGACAAGCCGGUAGUGAGCUACACCGGAGAUUCAGUUGUACUUGAAUGUAAACUCAAGCACACACCAAACACCUGGAACUGGUACAAGGCAAACAACACUGAAAAGGGUCUCAUCAAUGUUACUGCAAACCCUCUGAACUACAAGAUCUUUAUUAAUGGAAAUGAAACAAAACUGACUGUACUGAAUCUGACUGAAGAAGAUUCUGGAAAGUACAUAUGCAGCGCUGAGUUUGAUAUCAAAUCCAGUGAGUCUUACGUCGAGCUGAAGGUCUUGUCAUAUACUGAGCCUCUCAAACCCUUCAUUGCCAUAGUGGUUGAAGUCAUUGUCCUGGUCACACUGAUUUUGCUUUGGGAAAAAUGCAACAAGCCGCAACAUGACAACUCUUUUGCAGGAGAGAAUGAUGUCUGCUCUGAACAAACCAGCAAACUCACUCGUGAUGAGAGCAAUGGAGUGGAGAACAACACAACAAGACAAAGAAAACUGGAGCACUGACCUUUUCAUUUUAACAGCUGGAAAAAAAGAGUGUGAUUAUGUAAUGUGGCUUGAAUCACAUAAAGCAAUAAGCAAUGUUUUUUGCCUAAACUAAUUCUGUCACAGCCAUAUAUAUAAACAUAUAUUAUAUUACAUUACAUUAUAUAUA